AUGACAACACGCAAACGCAACGAAUGGCUAGAAGAUGACCUGACCGAUGAUGAAGGGUCAGGUUACGACUCGGAAGCUGCAGAGGAGAGCAGAAGCAAAGCGCUCGAUCGCCGCGCAAACAAGAGGCGGAAGACGAGCGACGACGGCGAUUCAGAUGACGAUGACGAUGAAGCAAACAUAGCAACAAAGACUCCUCAGGAUAUCUCAGAUGUUGAGGGAGGCAUAGACUCAUGUCCCAAUGGCAACGGCGAUGUCGAUACCUUAGUAGACACACCACUCCCACCUUCAAGCAAAGCAAAAAUCAAGGCGUUAAGUGCAAAAAAACUUGAAGCAAGCCAAAAGAAAGCCUCCCGAACAGGCGUCAUAUACCUCUCACGCGUACCUCCAUUCAUGAAGCCAUCCGCCGUACGCACACUUCUUCAACCAUACGGCGAAAUUGGUCGGAUAUUUCUCACUCCUGAAGACCCUUCCCAACAUUCACGUCGCGUCAAAUCUGGCGGGAACAAGAAACGUUCAUUCACGGACGGAUGGGUGGAGUUCUCAGACAAAAAGGUCGCAAAGGUCGUGGCAGAAACACUCAACACAAAGAUAGUUGGCGGGAAAAAGGGUGGCUGGUAUCACGAUGAUGUCUGGAACAUUAAAUAUCUGAAAGGCUUCAAGUGGCAUCACCUUACCGAGCAGAUAUCGAACGAGAAUGCUGAGCGAGCCGCCAGGUUACGGGCCGAAAUUGCACAGACAACGAGGGAGAACAAGAUUUUCUUGGAGAGCGUAGAACAAGCGAAGAUGCUAGAAGGUAUCAAAGCAAAGAGGCUACAGAAGCAAAAUGGAGAAAUUGCAAACGCUGCAGAUGGAGAUCGGAUACCCGACAUCAAUAUGCCAGCCGCUGCUAAGGGCAAAGGCCGAAAAAUGCACUUCCGCCAGAAUGAGGUUUAUAAAAGGGAGGCAACCGACAAUGAUAAGAUAGAGCAUAAUGCGGAUGUAAAGAGAGUACUAAGUUUUCAGGCCAGCCGCUCUGCUCAGUUUGAGGCUUAG